AUGAUCAGGUUUAUACUCGUCCAGAAUAGGCAGGGCAAGACGCGGCUGUCGAAGUGGUAUGUGCCGUACGAUGACGACGAGAAGGUGCGGAUGCGGGGAGAGGUGCACCGGUUAGUUGCGCCGAGGGAUCAGAAGUAUCAGUCUAACUUUGUCGAGUUCCGGCACCACAAGAUCGUCUAUAGGCGGUACGCUGGCCUGUUCUUCUGCGUGUGCGUCGACGCGAACGACAACGAGCUUGCCUAUCUUGAGGCUAUCCACCUUUUCGUCGAGAUUCUGGACUCCUUCUUUGACAACGUUUGCGAGCUCGACCUCGUAUUCAACUUCUACAAGGUAUACGCGAUUCUGGACGAGAUCUUCCUCGCGGGAGAGAUAGAGGAGACGAGCAAGGAGGUUGUAUUGUCACGGUUGGACGAGCUGGAGAAGUUGGAGUAA